GGGGACAAGAGACCCUCGCAAUUACUCGGACAUAUGAAACAUUUAGCAGGGUCAUAUAAGGUAGACGAUGCAUUGCUUAAACAGAUGUGGUUUCAACGUUUACCACAGAACGUCACCCAAAUUCUCAGCGUAUCAGGAACUACCGUCAAUCUCGACAAUCUAGCUGAUAUGGCUGAGAAAAUGAUGGAGAUUUAUCCCGACAGCCAGCGUUUGAAUGUACUACAAACCUCUAGUAGAGACACGAUUAGCCCAUCUAACAGCAUCCAACAACAAAUAACACAGUUAACAUAGCAGCUAGCAUCACUGCAGUCGACUAUUUCCACCAUCCAUUCUCGACCUGCCAGAUCUACAUCCAGAAGAAGAUCAGUAUCCAGACAUCGUGUCACCUAAACGAGCAGCCGGAAUUUGUUGGUAUCCUUCGAAUUAUGGUGAGAAAGCACGACGUUGCACCAAACCGUGCAACUUUAAGACAAGCAACCCAAACUUUCAGGGAAACGAAGUGGCCAGACAGUAAUGGCGGCAGCUGUUACUGGCCGACAUGUUAGCCGUCUCUUCCACGUCAGGGAUCGCACUUCUGGCUCGGACUUUCUAGUCGAUACUGGAGCAGAAGUCAGCAUCAUCCCACUCCGUCUCUCCCGCAGACAACAAACAACAUGCACUAAACUGUCCCUAAUAGAGGCUAACGAAUCAAUUAUCAAAACUUACGGAGAGCAAUCACUGAUAUUAGACCUCGGACUCCGCAGACGAUUCACAUGAGUUUUCUUGGUUGCUCAUGUCAAACGACCCAUCCUCGGAGCUGAUUUUCUUAGUGCGCACAACCUGUUAGUAGAUAUGACCAACAAGAGACUAAUCGAUGUAAACACACGUUUACAGGUAAAUGGUACACUCUCCAACGACAACGAAAUCCAUGGUGUUCGAAUAAUGAAACCUGUGAACAACAUUUUCGACGAUAUUCUAACAGAAUACCAGUGCAUUACAAAAUCAGAUUACAAAAAGGAAGGUAACCCACAGCUGGUGCAACACCAUAUCACUACCACCGGACCACCCAUUCGCGCCAGAGCGAGGAGAUUACCACCGACAAAGUUGCAGACAGCUAAGAGAGAAUUUGAACACAUGAUGCAACUUGGUAUCAUCAGACCAUCUAAUAGUCCUUGGGCCUCGCCGUUACACAUGGUACCAGAGAAAGACCAGGAUUGGUGUCCGUGUGGCGACUACCGCCGUCUGAAUAAUCAAACCAUCCCUGAUAGGUAUCCUAUCCCACAUAUACAUGACUUCUCGUUAAACUUACAUGGUAAAUGUAUUUUCUCGAAACUCGACCUCGUGCGUGCAUACCAUCAAAUUCCGAUGGCACCAGAAGACAUCGAGGAAACAGCCAUCAUCACACCCUUUGGUCUGUUUGAGUUUCUAAGAAUGCCAUUCGGAUUGAAAAAUGCGGCCCAGACAUUCCAACGAUUCAUGGAUGAUGUCACAAGAGGUUUAGACUUCGUUUUCGCCUACAUAGAUGACGUUUUGAUCGCAAGCUCAUCAAUAGAAGAGCAUGUUCAGCAUGUUCAGAUCCUCUUUGAACGUUUUAAGCAACAUGGUGUUGUUAUCAAUCCUUCUAAAUGUAUAUUCGCCGUCCCAGCCUUAGAGUUUUUAGGACAUUACAUUGACUCUCAAGGCAUCAAACCACUCCUAGAAAAGGUUCAAGCUAUUACCAAUUACCCUGCACCAACCUCCAUAAAGUCAUUACGCCGUUUUCUCGGGACGUGCAAUUUCUACCGCCGAUUUCUACCAUGUUGUGCGGAUGUGCUACAGCCGUUAACUGAUUAACUGAAAAGUGACAAAAAAGGUACGCGGAAGGAAAAGAAUCAAGCAUUCAAGCUACCGCCUGACGCCAAAAUGGCAUUCGAAAAAGCAAAGUCCUUGAUAGCCAACGCCACCAUGUUACAACACCUCAAUACUGACCCCACAACUCAUUUGAUCCUAUGUACGGAUGCUUCACAAAAAGCCGUCGGGGCAGUAUUACAACAGCGGGUAAACAACACGAUUACCCCCAUCGCCUUUUUCUCCAAGAGAUUAUCACCAACACAAGAACGUUAUAGCACUUUUGGACGCGAACUCUUGGCUAUGUAUUUAGCGGUAAAACAUUUCAGUUUUCUGUUACAGGGUCGCGAUUUCAUCAUUAUGACGGAUCAUAAACCCCUUUGCCAUUCUUUUGGCACAUCGUAUGACAAACACUCGCCACGAGAAGCAAGACAAUUGGAUUACAUUUCCCAAUUUACUACAGACAUCCGGUUUAUCAAAGGUCACUCAAACAUUGUCGCUGAUGCACUAUCUAGGAGGGAUAUCAAUAUGAUGGUACGCAAUCAUGACAUCAGCCUUGAAACUUUGGCUAAACUUCAAGUAGACGAUGCAGAGUUGAAAGUCUGCAAAGAAAAGUCUAGCUUAAAUCUCAAACCUGUACCAAUUCCUCUCUCAGAUGCAUUCAUCAUGUGUGACACCUCAACAGGCAACAAUCGUCCGUUUGUCCCACAUGCCUGCAGACGAAAAAUAUUCCAGCACUUACACGGUCUUUCACAUCCAGGCAUCAGAGCAACAACAAGGCUCAUCACUGAACGUUUUGUGUGGCCGAAAAUCAACUCGGACGUUAAGCGUUGGACACGUAGCUGCCUCCAGUGUCAACGCAGCAAAAUACAAAAACAUACUAUCAGCCCGAUCGGCGAAUUUCCUAUUCCCGACAAACGUUUUCAACAUAUUCAUUUGAAUUUAGUCGGGCCACUGCCUUCGUCCAAUUCCUUCACCCACAUUCUCACCACAGUAGACAGAUUUCUAAGAUGGGCCAUAGCCUGCCCUAUAAAAGACACUUCGGCAGAAACAGUCGCUUCAGUCUUCCUCGAUCGCUGGAUAUCUAACUAUGGAGUGCCGGCAACAAUCACAACAGAUCGUGGUCCCCAAUUUCAAUCUGUCCUUUUUCAGGAGUUCACUAAACUUCUAGGCGUCAACCACAUUAAAACCACAGCUUACCACCCAGCAGCUAAUGGUUUGGUUGAAAGAUUUCACCGCCAAUUAAAAAGCUCGCUGAUGGCACAAGAUGAUACAACCAAAUGGAGUGACGCAUUACCACUCGUACUCCUGGGAAUACGUUCAACUAUAAAGGAAGAUAUAGGUUGUACAGCCGCCGAGCUAGUUUAUGGUACAACCCUUACAUUACCAGGUCAACUAGUAGACCCAAACACUUUAACACCAACAGAUCUAAGUCAUUUUGCUAGCCAACUGCUGCAAACCAUGAAACGAAUCAAAGCUAUACCGCCUCGUGAACAUAACAAUCGAAUACAACUCGACAAAAACCUAGAAACAUGCAAGUUUGUCUUCGUCCGAGUUGAUGCAGUUAAAAAGCCAUUGAAACAACCUUAUGAGGGACCAUAUCAAGUAAUUAAAAGAACGAACAAAAACUUCAUAAUCAACAAGUGUGGAAAGAAAGAGACUAUCGCUAUCGAUAGAAUAAAGCCUGCUUUCUACGACACAGCACGACAAAGAACAUACUAAUUCACUGAAUCAAUCCCGUCCAACAACCAUCACUACAGCAGACAUGGAAGAAAAAUCGAGUAACAAACCUACUUGUUUAACGCGUUCAGGCAGAGCUGUAAAAAAACCCAAACGCUAUGUACAUUUCGCCGAAUAAAAAAAGAAAUAGAAACAAACAAUUAUCGAUGUACUAUACUAUUAAAUUCAUCCGAUUUUUUCCAACAAAAUUUCUAAUUAAUUUUUUUUUUCACAGUGUACAUAACUUAUCACAUAUUUCC